AACAUAAGGAGAAGAGGAAUCAGGAGCUGAUCCAACCAGAUGAAGAUGGAGCUGACUGUGGUUAACUGGGUGGUCGCAGCAGCAGGCUUUCUGCUGUUCUGGGCCAGUGGCGGCUCUACUGCCCCCCUUGAGUGUCACUUCAACUCCAGAGCGCUUUGUGAGUUUGAGGGGAAGCAGUACGCCUUGGGGGAGACCUGGGUGGACAAAGCCUGCAUGCAGUGCACCUGUUUGCAUCCUGUUGGCGUCGGCUGCUGUGAGACGGUGCAUCGACCAGUGGACUUCCCUGCCUGGUGCGAGUUGAAGGUGGAGCCGGUGACCUGCAAAGUGUUUCUGGUCCAGACAGCUGAUCCUCGCCUUCCGUGCAACCCGGGUGAAACAGACAAGGACCCCAGCCAUGGAUCGCUCCAGCUGCAGAUGGACGGGGGGAUACGCACAACACCGUGUCCUGAGACCAACAACAGCUUAACUUACACCUAAAUACCAGCAAUGCUUUUCAUCCGAAUCUACGUUAAACACAAUCUGGGAAUCUUGGACUGAAUCCACAUUAGACCGUUUCAAGGCAAACCUUCAGAUAUUCUGAAAAGCAGCCAUCUAUGAUGGCUGUAUAACACUGCUUCCUUAGUAUGCUUCCUCAAAGUAUCUAAUUGA